AUGAAUCACGAUAUCCGAAACCACCAUCAGCUCCAUGGCCCCAACAUGGACGUUGUUGUCGCCAUUCUCGAGGGUCGCCCUCCCCAGUUCGAGCCCAAAGAUGCCCAACCUGGGUUUGACUGUUUGAUCGUUGUUCUUCGACGCAUCUACAGUCAUAUGAUGCUCGAUCUCGACCCGCUCCCCGCGUGGAUGCAGGCUUCAGAGAAAGCAAACCCGAUCUUGCGCCUGGCUUGNNUCUCUCAUAAGUCUUCCUUUGAGGAGCUCUGUAGCUCGUCGCUCAUGAACAAGACCUUCUGGUCGCAAGACGAGUUCCGCCUCACAGACAUCCUCUACUGCAUUGACACGGGCGCAAUCGUUGAUGGAUCUCCAGAUGAGAUUGCCCUCACCGGUCUACUGGAGCUCAACCACGUUGAGAACCCCGGUAGAACCUUGCAAGAGGUUGUUGAUAAUUCCUUUGGUUUGAUCAACCGAAAUGAGAAGCAGAUCCUGUCAAGGCCGAAUGAUCCUUGGGUCGUACGUGUUGUGUACACGCCCGACUCGAAUGAUUCAAACCGCUUCGACCUGAACAAACUUCGAACUCUCCACCUACCCAUAUGGGAACAGGACGAGCAAGAUCCUGACUUCGCUUGUGUAAGCGUGGGGAAGAACGAAUACUUUCUUCUGGCAGUUGUUCGCCUGAGGGAUGACAAGUGUCCUGGGGAGUACGUCCGUACCUAUGGGAUACACGGUUCUAACAUCGUCGGUGAGCGUCAGCCACCUUCUAUCGUCAGCCAUGACUGGUCUGUCAAGGAUAAACAUGGAAAGUAUAUGCUGUUCUAUGGAUUUCAGACCAUGAAGAACGCGGGAGACCACAGCCGUCACCCAGAGGUUGCCCCCCCAGUCUUGACUGACCACGACGCCGGCAGGAUCUUGAGAAUUGAUCGUCGGCUGAAGGACUUGUGGAAGUCAACACAGGAGCAGGAAGCCCAGCCGACGCCACCAGCAUCGUCAGCUACUCAGGUACAGCGGGCUGAGCCUUCGCAGGAUGACGCCGAUGCGGAUGAGACUGUGCCAGGGCCUGAGAGCCAGUUGGAGGACGCCGCUCCAAUUGGUCCGGGCAGUCCCCGUAAAAGACCGGCAGAAUCAGCCGAAGGUGAAGUCCGCAAGAGCCGGAAACGUGGUAAGAGAAGGCGCAAAGGUCAAAGUGAUCAAGGACCGGCUGGUGAUCAGCCACCUGGCUCACCCAAGGCCCCGCCUCUACGAAAGGACAAGCCAGAUAGAUCUGAAGCCUCGCGUGAUGCUCGCCGCGAUGCGGCCUAG